AUGGAGACCUCCACCGCGCAAUCCCUCAUCAUCUCCCUGGCCGUCGUCGUCGCCGUCUUCCUCGCGGGCUUCUUCGCCUACCAACAGGGCAUGUUGGACCCCGUCAUCGAGCAGAUCGGCAUCAUGUUGUUCAAGGCAAAGGCCGAGGCCGAGAAGAAGAAAAUGCAGGCGCAGGGGAUGAAGGCCGGCCAGGACUUUGUCGAUGGCCAGCUCAAGGGCAACAAGCAGGCGGCGGACGUUGCCGACGGCAUCGGCUCCGUUGGCGGGCUGAAGAAGCAGCUGUAA